AUGAACUCCGGACUUGUUGACGAUGACCAUGGUGUUUUCCUUCAGCUGGAACUCAGGUCCAGACACAAAUGGCAGAUCUUCAGGCUCGAGCAGGUCUUCAGGUUCAUCUUCUUCGAACAAGUUCCACCGAUCUGUGACCGCUGGACAUUGUUUGCCAUCAUGGCCAAGGUGUAUGAUGAGUCCCACAUGAGCGAGACAACUCCGCUCGAAGAAUCGCCCAUUCCAUUGACUUAUCCAGUGGAAAGGAUUGCUAUGAUGUUGACUCCUGCAACAGCCCGUGCAAUAGAGUGGCUCGCCAAGACAAUCUUGACAUUUGUACACCCCAUCCUGUUUGCAGAUGAUGCAUCUCCUGUCUUCUGGUGGAGCUUUUCGAUCAAGGAGGUGAUGUAG